CUUGCUUCUUCACAAUGGCCACAGAAGAUCUCAGGACGCGGCGAAGAGCGGACUACCCUUUCUUCCUGGAAUACCGGACACGAUGGAGCGACAACGACCAGUAUGCCCAUAUGAACAAUUCGAUAUACUACCACCUCUUCGACUCCAUCAUAAAUGCCUUUCUCUCUGAGCGCUGUGGCAUCGAACCGUCCUCAUCUCCCCUCAUCGGUUUAGUCGUGAAGUCGCAAUGCCAGUUCUUUCGCCCAGUAUCUUUCCCACAGGUGCUAGACUUGGGUAUGCAGGUCAAGCAAUUAGGACGUAGCUCAGUCGAGUACGAGGUGGGCGUCUUCGAGCAGGGAAAGGACGAGCCAGCCGCAGUUGGAGGCUACACGCACGUGUUUGUCGACAGCAAGUCGCGAAAUAGUGCAGCGCUGUCGGCCGAGCUGCGAGGAGGGCUGGAAUCUGUGCGGCCGAAGUCGAAGCUUUGAUCGAGUUCCCCUUCCCCCUUGCAAAGAGACUAUCUGCAUUCAGUAACCCGACGUACAAGGAUGCCCUGCGAUCCAAUCGUUGCCCGA